CCGACCAUGCACGCCGAUCAGCUAGUACCGGCGGUCGUCGCCGCCGUGGCCGUGUUGUGCCUGCUCAUCGCCGGCCGCGCGGACGGCCAGGACGAGUACGUCCCUGCUGCCGCGGGGAGCGAAGAGGCGGUGGAGCCGCAGCCGGGGACCGCCGCAGCCGGCGGCGAGGAGUACGUCCCGCAGCCGGGGUUGCUGCCGGGGGCCUCCCUAGCCAAGGCGUUCACCGGCGGCUACUUCCCGCAGCAGCCCAAGGCCGAGCCGGAGCCGGAGCAGACGACCACGGAACCGGAGCCGGAGCCGGAGCAGACGACCAGGGAACCGGAGCCGAUCACGCCCACGCGCGACCAGGGCGAUUUCUACCGCACCGGCGUGACGCCGACCGCGCCUGAGCCGCCUGCGAUGCUAACCUCGCCGGAGACGUGGGAGAAGCCGUGGACGCCAUUUGUACCCAAGACGCCGUCGUAUGUGCCCCAGACGCCGGCGUUUGUUCCCAAGACGCCGUCGUAUGUGCCCCAGACGCCGGCGUAUGUGCCCCAGACGCCGGCGUUUGUGCCCCAGACGCCUGCGUACGUGCCCAAGACGCCGGCGUACGUGCCCCAGACGCCGGCGUACGUGCCCCAGACGCCGGCGUAUGUGCCCCAGCAGCAGAGUGGCGGCGGCGGAUCGUACGCUGGCGGGGGCGGCAACAAGCAGGUGGACGACGACGGGGAGCCGGUGGACGGGCUGAGCCCCAAGGCCAUCGACAACAUCCUCAAGGAGCACAACGCUUUCCGCGCCAAGGAGCACGUGCCCCCUCUCACGUGGAACGCGACGGUGGCGCAGUACGCGCAGCAGUACGCGAACAAGCGCAAGGGGGACUGCGCGCUGAAGCACUCGACGGGGCCGUACGGGGAGAACCUCAAGUACGGGGAGGGCAAGGCGUGGACGUGGCGCCACACCGUCGACGAGUGGAGCGAGGAGAAGAAGAACUACCACUACGGCUCCAACUCCUGCGACGCCGGCAAGCAGUGCGGCCACUACACCGCCGUCGUCUGGAAGGGCACCACCGGCGUCGGCUGCGGCCGCGUCACCUGCACCACCGGCGACACGCUCAUGGUCUGCAGCUACUACCCGCCUGGGAACUACGACGGCGAGAAGCCAUACUAAUAAUAAUCCAUCUUAUCAAUCGGUUAAUUAACUUAUUAAUUAUUACUUCUUUCUCAAGUAGUACGUAGUACUACUCAGGUAGUACAAUGCAUUUUUGUUCUUAAUCUUUCUUGCACAUACAUAAUAUGUGCAUAAGUUAGCAAUCUUUUUCCUAACAAAUUAAGCCUCGCAGCUGCUGCAUGCAUGCUGUAGAAAAAUAGUACCAGGUACUGUAUUUUGUUUUUUUUGAGCUUUACCAGGUACUGUAUUUCGUUGGCAAGAACAGCUUAUGAUGUAUAUUUUUUUUUUACCGAAAUAAUGUGCUUUGUUUUUUGGCAGUAGAGAGAAUACUUACUCUCCUACGAAAGUAGUUACUUUUAUGCAACAAUUGAA